AUGACAAGAGACAAGGUAUACGCCCACCCAGGCGGCUUUAUCUCCGGCGGCACUAUAUCCGGCGGAGGCACGGGAAUGUCUGGAAACGGCGGCGAUGGUAUAGGCGGCACCGGCGGCACGACAUCGGGUGGCGAAACCGGCGGGACGUCCGGUCCCGGAGGCGACGGCACCGGUGGUUUGGGGAAGUCGGGUCCUGGAGUUGGCGGCGGUGGCAAUGGAUCGUCAAUUCCCGGCGGAGGCCACACAUCAGGCUUGGUCGUGAGCACGCUGAAAGUCCAGGACUCGAGCAGAGGCAUCGCCGGCGUGCCCGUUUCCGGCUUGCAUGGAGUUGAGAGAGUCCGGAGGAUGCGUCUGCUGGUGGUUCGAAGCGGCGGCAUGGCGGAAGGUACAGGGACGUACUUUCCGAAAAUGGUGAUGCUCAAGGUGGAAGACGCCAUUGUAAAGCCGAGCGACUGA